AAGCCGUUUUACUUUUUCCCUCCUAUUGCGUAUUCGACGUAUAUUUUCGGCGUUCUAAUUUCACUGAGACUUCGUGUUGUUCAUCAGUGUUUACAAACCACUUGAAGGUUCUUAGCCAUAAUUGUUUAUUUCAAGAAAUUUACAAUGCGUAAAGUAUCGAAAAGCCGUGCGGACGACGAUGGCAUUUCAUCUGCCAACGGGUCGGUAAUAAAUGAUGAUCGGUCUGAUACACACUCUGAUCAAAAUGAUAAACUUAGCGAGUCUGACGCUGAACCCAGAGGCGAAUCCGAAGAAAAAGAAGUGACUAAAAAGGGGAAGUCUGCUAAAAGCAAAAGCAAGAAAAGAAAAUCGGAGAAAGAGGAUAAUGAUGCCGAAGAAGAAUACGAGGUGGAAAAAGUGGUUGACUCUAAGAAGAUCAAAGGGAAAUUGCAUUAUCUCAUUCGCUGGAAGGGUUAUUCUGCUGACAGUGACACUUGGGAACCUGAAAAUACUCUUUCUUGCCCUGAGCUCAUCAGCAAAUAUCAUGAGGAAAAAGGCAGUUCAACUAAGAAAAAAGAAUCAUCUCCAAAGAAAGGGAAGAAGAGAGGAGCUAAAAAAGAAAAAUCAAGCCCUAAGAAGGCUAAAAGAGCCAAAACUGAGUGGGACAGUGAGAAUGCUGAUGAAAAUGCUGAAUAUGAGGUUGAUCGUAUCUUAGAGGUUCACCAUGGCAAGAAUGGCAAAAGAGAGUUCCUGAUCCAUUGGAAAGGAUGGUCUAACAAAUUUGAUUCUUGGGAGCCUGAAAACAAUCUCAACUGCACGGACUUGAUCAAUAAAUUUAUGGAAAAGGUGGAAGCAGCCAAAUCCACAGAUGCUCGCAGUUUAAGAGUGGCACCCGGCACUACAAACCGCUUUACCUUACAAGCCCCUUCUUCAGGCCGCAGACUCAGCAAGAGGCGUGGUCAGAAGCAGAGAGUUCGUUACGACGACGCUGAAUAAUGUUUAUGACCUCCCAUAAGACGAAAGCAGUAGGACCUUCUUCUUUCUCAAUCGGAAACCGGGAAGUGGAUCCAAUUUAACUUGCAAGAUGUGAUUACAGACCGACAACGGGACAGGUGAAACUAAAUAAAAGCUUGUAAAAAUACUUUGUCAAUCCCUUGACAAUCUAAUUUGAACCUUUCAUGAACCAUAUAAAGUAGCAUUUCUUUUGUUUCAUUGCUGUUUAAAACAAACGAAAUUAGUUCCAAUUUACUUAUAUAGUAAGGUUCAAAUUAAAAAUUGGUAAACUAUGAUAAGUCUAAAUAAAUGAAUGAUUUUAUUUAUGAUAAGUCUUACGGGGUUAACAUACAUGCAAUUAAGUAGUUGUCUCAUGGUUGUUGAAAUAGGUAUCUCAGUUAUUUUGAACAAUAAAGGUAAAUUCGGAAAAUUAAAUACCAAAUUAAUAUGUUUUACCAACUACAACAGACCGACUCACGUACGUAACUCAGCAAAGAGCUAUGAAUGUUCCCGAACCGAAAGUUUAUUAGGGGCAUUAGGGCAGUUUCGAAAGUUAGCUUUAAUACUUAUGUUAUUGAGGGUGAUUUUCGGCAUUACGAAAUUCUGAAGUAUUUGUAAUUUAGUUGAAUUACAUGUCUGCAAUUUUACUAAAUCUGAUAGCAGUGGUAUUUGGCUUCCAAAAAAUGGCAAUACAUAUGUGUAUGUAUACUUACAUCUCUAUACUAUAGUCAGUCUCAUCGGGUCAUGGGACUGAAAGGCUUAUAAAAAGAUAUAAAUAUAUGUUUUAAAGUGUUUUUUUUUUUCUAGGAAUAAGGAUUUUUUUAUUGCAUAAGGGUUUACAAUAAUUGCACUGACAACUGUUGUUUAAAUUAAGAGUUUGAAAUAAAAUCAGAACAUCGCGUUCCAAUGAUUUAUGUCUGUAUUUGCGUAGUCUUACUUGAGGAUUUUGCUUUUUUCAAUAAAAAUACACUUGUUUUUAUUUUCUAUGCUAAAAAUAAACAAAGUAUAUUGACGGGUUACCCUUCGAUAAAACAAUUAUGGUCUAUAUUAAUCUGAUAAAAGUACAGGCUAGUUUAGUUAAAUGGUGUUACAAAAUGUUUAAAAAAGGUUCUUUUUUACUAUAUUUUUACUACAUUGUGUAGAAGGCUUUUACGCUUCAAGAGACGAGGCAAGCCCUAAAAAAAUAGCUAAAAGGCUCGAGUCUUUUGGAUCACUAUGUAUUUUACUUUCCAUGACUUGUGGAUGUGUAAGAUAUUGUAGUGGCUGUCACUUUUAUGACACAAAAUAAACUAUGUGUCACACACAUGGGCUAUUUGGUACGAGUAUAUUAUAUGGUGUGUUUGUUUGUUCUAUCUUUUGGGGCUAAAUAUGUCGAAAUUUUUAAAUGUGUAGUGUUAUUUAUGUUACUAUUUACAGUUAGGUAAAAGUUAUCGAGCUGUCUCAUGAGAUACUUGUGCAAAACGACGAAUAUAAACAUUAAUUUACGAGCCCCGAUACACAUGUUUUCGUCUAGUGAGACCAUUUUUUGAGGUUCUUGCGUUUGUUCUAAAAUAAUGUUUUUGUUUAAAAAAUACUAAUAUUUAAUGCUUAUACUAAUGUAAUUUAAUUUUAUAUGGUAAUACUCUGCAAUAACUAAAUCCAAAUACAAGAAAUGCCGUUUGUACUGAAAGACAAAAAAAAAGAUUUUUCAUUUUUUUAUUGACGGGUAGGAUUACAACAUAUGUGAAAAGGGCUAUUACUAGGGAAAGCAAUAGGGCUCUGCCAAUGUACUGACAAUUUUGUUUCGAGCCCAUGCAUGCAGCACUGCUGUAAGAGAGGACAAUAUGAUUUGGACAACGUUUUUGAACAGUCCUUUUUUCAGCAAUAAAAGUCUCAUGCAAUUUUAUUAUACGAUCAAAAUAAACUACAUUAAACAUUGCUAUUAUGGUUCCCAUUCGUGGGUCAUUUUAUGUUCAUGUGUAAAAUUUAUUAAAAUGAACAAAAUUGUUGCGUGGAACUAGACGAAAUAAUUUGCAUCGGGGCUCGUACUAUAUUCUAUUAUAUAGCAUUUUUGGAUAGGUACUUGUGUAAUAUUUAUUUGCAUUUUUUUGUGUAUUCAUUAUCAUUAGACAAAAAUGCAAAUGAAUAAAUUAUAUAAUGAGCCGGUUGACCAUGAAGAUCGCAGGCUUUUAUGUCUUCUUGCAAUAAUGUUAAAAUAGUCAAUUUUGCUUGAUUAUCAUAUUGUAGUAACUUACGAUCUUCAUCCAUGGCAUAAGUUCUGAUUUGUACAUGCACUUUUUUAUUUACGGUUGCAUUUAAAAGAAUUCACUAUUUCAUAAAAAUAGGUGUAAGAUAUGAAUGUGUAAGUAAUAAAGUAUCCCGAGUGCGUGUCUCAUUUUUGACGUGACCGGUGUAUGUUUUCAAGUAUGUCUAUUAUUUCUAAAUAUAAAUAGUUCAAUAUAAGAAGUAG